AUGUCUUCGUCAUCGUCGUCUGAUGAUUCUGAUGAAGAUAUGAUUCUUCAAAUUUUAAUAAAUCUUCCAAGACCAAGGCUGUUUAGGGAUAGGUCUAAUCCGUUGCAGGACUAUGACGACUUGGACUUCAAAUUGUCGAAAGAAACAUUUAUGAUACUUUUGCAUAUGAUCGGUGACUCUAUUAAACAUAAGACAAAUAGAAGUUCAUCUCUAUCACCUGUACUUCAACUUUUGAUUGCUUUGCGUUACUAUGCAACUGGAGCAUUCCAAAUGGUGUUAGGUGAUCAUAUUCAGGUUCAUAAAUCUACUGUUUGUAGAGUUAUUAAAACAGUGUCCAUAGAAAUUGCUCGAUUACGUCCACACUUUAUCCAAUUCCCUAGUAAUGUUGCAGAGCAACAAAAAGUCCAGUUAGGAUUUUUUAGAUUACAUCAAUUUCCUCGUGUUAUUGGUGCACUAGAUUGUUCGCAUAUCAGAAUACAAUCACCUAAAAGUGAUAUCGGCGAGCAGUUCCGUAAUCGUAAAGAGUAUUUCUCUUUCAAUGUCCAAGCAAUAUGUGAUAGCAAUUUAAAAAUAUUGGAUAUUGUAGCGAGAUGGCCUGGAUCUGUCCACGAUAGUACUAUUUUUGAUAAUAGUUUUAUACGAGCAAAAUUUGAAAAUAAUGAGUUUGGAAAUUCUUAUUUGCUUGGUGAUGGAGGUUAUCCUUGUCGAAAUUAUCUCCUAACUCCUUUAUUGAAUCCAAGAACUGACGCAGAACGCAAAUAUCAAAAAGCUCAAAUUGGUUCAAGGAAUGUGGUGGAAAGAUUGUUUGGGGUUUUAAAGAGAAGAUUUCCUGUUCUAGCAGUUGGAGUUCGUACAAAACUAAGUACUACUAUGGCUACUAUCGUUGCUACGGCAGUUCUUUAUAAUUUUCUUCUAAAAGAAAAAGAUGAGAUACCUCCAGAAUUUGAUAAUCAUGUAAUUGAUAUUGAAUUACUUCAAGAGAUACCAACUUUGCCCAUUCAUCAGUUAGGAAAUGCUGAAAGAUCACAUUUAAUAAAUACUGUGUUUUCUUGA